CCCAACACAUACAUUCUCACUGUAUGCCCUAGUCCUUGUUCCUCCCUCUCUCUCUCUCUCUCUCUCUCUCUCUCUCUCAUGGCUGAUCAGAACCAGAACCCACAAUGGUUUCAGCCCAAGGGUCGGCCAGUGGGCGGCACCGAGCAUAGUUGGUGCAGAGCUGUGUCAGGUGGCACUGGCAUUACAGUUUUGGCACUCCAAUUCACAAAACCCCCAAACACCUCACUUCUCCAAAAUGCCCUCCACAAACUCCAGAAUUCCCACCCAAUCCUCCUGUCCAAGCUCUUCCACAGCACCACCACCAACACAUUCUCAUUCACCACCCCCACCCCCACCACCACCCCUCCCAUCCAAAUCAAAUCAUUCAAUCUCUCAUCCACCACCCAUCUCCUCCGCAACCUCUCCACCACUACCUCUUUCUCGCCCCUCCACAUAAUCCUCGAACACGAACUCAACAACAACGUUUGGUCCAAUAACCCUAGCAACUUAUCAUGCACCGGCAUUGACUUGUUCUUUGCUAGCUUAUACGAGCUUCCAGAUGCAAAAUGGGUUGUCGUGCUUAGGCUUCACACGGUGGUAUGUGACUUAACCACCGCGGUGGGGUUGCUGAGAGAGCUGAAGGGGUUGAUGAUGGAGGGAGAGGGUGGAGGAGGGACACAGAUGGAAAUGGUGAGUGGAGGGGAGGUUAGUUUGGGAAUUGAAGAUCUUAUUCCUAGUGGGAAGGCUAAGAAGCCUAUUUGGGCACAUGGGUUGGACAUGUUGAGUUACUCACUCAAUUCACUCAGGUCUACAAAUUUGAAGUUUGAAGAUGUUAAGGGAGCUAGGUGUUCUAAGGUGGUGAGACUACAGUUGAGCGCACGUGAAACUGAUCAGAUACUCAAUGUAAGUAUAUUUUUUAGCAUUGAAAGUUCAUUUUCUGGACAUGAUUUUUUUUUUUUUAAAUAUUAUAAAUUCAAACUUAAGUAUUCCGAAAUUAUUUAAAAUUAUUAUCUUAUG